CACUCCACACAGUGACACUGCCAAGGUUUAAGUUCCUUAUUGUUAUGUUGAGAUCAAGGUUAACCUAAACUACAACUAGAGAGUUUGUUAACCUUGAUUGAGAUAGAUGGCUCAGCAGGCAGGAGUAGAUGAGAUAGAGUCUCUGAGAAUUGAGUUGGCAGAGAUUGGAAGGAGCAUAAGGUCCUCAUUCAGAAGCUAUGCUUCCAGUUUCAGGAGCAAUUCAAGCAUAAAUCCUGCGCUCGAUGUUGAUAACAAUGAAGGCGAUGCAUUACAAUGGGGUGAAAUCCAGAGGCUUCCCACUUUUGAAAGGAUCACUUCAGCUUUGUUCGAUGUGCAUGAUAGUAUCGGAACGAGCCGAGAAGUUAAAGGGAGGCAGGUGGUUGAUGUCAGCAAGCUUGGAGCUCAAGAAAGGCAUCUGUUCAUCGAGAAGCUUAUUAAGCACAUCGAGAAUGAUAAUCUUCGAUUGUUGCAGAAAUUCAGGAAAAGAAUUGACAAGGUUGGUAUUAAGUUACCCACUGUGGAAGUGAGAUAUCAAAAUCUUACUGUGGAAGCAGAGUGUCAGGUAGUUAAGGGCAAGCCCAUACCUACUUUGUGGAACACGUUCAAGGGGUGGAUCAUUGAUGCAGGUAAAUUGUCAAUCCUACGAUCUCAAUACUCCCGCAUAAGUAUAAUCAAAGAUGCCAACGGCAUUAUUAAGCCUGGAAGGAUGACCUUAUUGCUUGGCCCUCCAGGAAGUGGCAAAACAACACUAUUGUUGGCUCUGGCAGGGAAACUUGACCAUUCUCUCAAGGGUUUAGGGGAAAUUUCUUACAAUGGACACACACUAGAAGAAUUCAUUCCCCAAAAAUCCUCAGCUUAUGUAAGCCAAUAUGAUCUGCAUAUUCCAGAGAUGACAGUUAGGGAAACACUUGAUUUCUCAGCACGUUGUCAAGGUGUAGGAAGCAAAGAUGAGCUUCUGAAGGAAGUAAGUAGAAGAGAGAAAGAAGCAGGAAUAAUGCCAGACCCUGAUUUAGAUGCAUAUAUGAAGGCGACAUCAGUGAAGGGAUUGAAGAGAACUCUUCAAACGGACUACAUUUUGAAGAUCCUUGGUCUCGAUAUAUGUGCCGACACAUUGGUUGGAGAUCCUAUAAGAAGAGGUAUAUCGGGGGGUCAAAAGAAACGGUUAACAACAGGAGAAAUGAUGGUUGGACCAACAAGAGCUCUCUUUAUGGAUGAAAUUUCCAAUGGCUUGGACAGUUCCACUACUUUCCAAAUAAUCUCGUGUCUUCAGCAUAUGGUGCAUAUCACAGAUGCAACCGCUUUGAUUUCUCUCCUUCAGCCAGCACCAGAGACCUUUGAUCUCUUUGAUGACAUUGUUUUAAUGGCAGAAGGGAAAAUUGUGUACCACGGUCCACGUGAUUGUAUAGUUGAGUUCUUCGAGGACUGUGGGUUCCAGUGUCCACAACGAAAAGGCACUGCUGACUUUCUUCAAGAGGUUAUCUCUAGAAAAGAUCAAGCACAGUAUUGGAGCAGAGUAGAAGAACCUUAUAGCUAUGUUACUGUUGAACAGUUCAUUGAGAAAUUUAAGCAUAGUUCAUUUGGCAAAAAACUAGAGGAGGAGAUCUCAAAGCCAUUUGACAAGUCUCAGAGCCAUAAGAAUGCUCUCGCCUUUAGAAAAUACUCAUUAACAAAGUGGGAAUUGUUUAGGGCUUGCAUAAUGAGGGAGCUUCUUCUAAUGAAAAGGAAUUCUUUUGUCUACAUAUUCAAGUCAACGCAACUUGUGAUCGUUGCUUCUAUAGGAAUGACUGUUUUCAUUCGGACACGAAUGUCUGUUGAUGCACUUCAUGGGAAUUAUUUCAUGGGGUCGUUAUUCUAUUCACUCAUCAUACUUUUGGUUGAUGGAAUUCCAGAACUUUCUAUGACAGUAUCGAGACUUUCAGUGUUCUACAAACAGAAAGAACUGUGCUUUUAUCCUGCUUGGGCUUAUUCAAUCCCUUCAGCCGUUCUCAAGAUUCCACUUUCAUUGUUGGAAUCUUUCAUUUGGACUGCACUUACUUAUUAUGUUAUUGGUUACAGCCCUGAGAUUGGCAGGUUCUUUCGCCAAUUCCUCCUCCUAUUUACCUUGCACAUGUCAGCAAUAUCAAUGUUUCGAUUCGUUGCCUCAGUUUUCCAAAAUGUGGCUGUUGCUACGACGGCUGGCACUCUGACCAUACUAUAUGUUUUACUAUUUGGAGGCUUCAUCCUCCCAAAGCCCUAUAUGCCAUCCUGGUUGCGGUGGGGAUUUUGGAUUUCUCCUUUGUCAUAUGGAGAGUUGGCUGUGACGGUGAAUGAAUUUCUUGCUCCUAGAUGGCAAAAGAUGUCUACAAACACAACGUUGGGUCGCAAAAUAAUGGACGGCCGUGGUCUUAACUUUGAUGGCUACUUUUACUGGAUAUCGAUUGGUGCCUUACUUGGGUUCACAGUUCUGUUUAACACAGCUUUUACACUGGUCUUGUCUUUCUUCAAGGCUCCUUCACGGUCUCGUGCUCUUAUAUCUUCCGACAAGCAUUCAGAAUUACAAAGAAAUCAAGAAAACAAUGAUAGCUUUGCAGGAGACAGCACUCUGGUUGAAAGUACAGCUGAACCAAGAAAAGAUCAGCACUCAGGAGGAAUGGUUCUGCCUUUCCAGCCACUAACAUUAACAUUUCGUGAUGUGCAGUACUAUGUUGACACUCCUAUGGAAAUGAGAAACCGAGGAUUUGACAAGCAGCUUCAGCUUCUUUGUGACGUUACAGGUUCAUUGAGACCAGGCAUAUUAACAGCCCUGAUGGGGGUCAGUGGCGCGGGGAAAACAACUUUAUUGGAUGUUCUUUGUGGAAGAAAAACUGGAGGUACUAUAGAAGGGGAUAUUAGAAUCGGUGGCUAUCCAAAGGUUCAAGAAACAUUUGCAAGGAUCUCAGGUUACUGCGAACAAAAUGACAUUCAUUCUCCGAAUAUAACAGUAGAAGAAUCCGUGGUGUUUUCUGCUUGGCUUCGGCUUCCUCCUCAGAUUGAUGCAAUAACUAAAUCUGAAUUCGUAAAGGAAGUCCUUCGUACUAUUGAGCUCGAUGGGAUCAAAGAUUCCUUAGUAGGCUUGCCAAAUGUUAGCGGAUUGUCAACUGAGCAAAGAAAACGGCUGACCAUAGCCAUUGAGCUUGUUGCUAAUCCUUCAAUCAUAUUUAUGGAUGAACCAACUUCUGGUUUAGAUGCAAGGGCAGCUGCAGUUGUUAUGAGAGCAGUGAAGAAUGUUGUUGGAACAGGAAGAACUGUUACAUGCACCAUUCACCAACCUAGUAUUGAUAUAUUCGAGUCAUUUGAUGAGCUAAUUCUCAUGAAAACUGGAGGAUGCAUAAUCUACUCUGGCCCACUCGGAAAGCACUCAAGUCGGGUUAUCGAAUACUUUGAGAGUAUACCAGGGAUGCCAAAGAUUAAAGACAACUAUAAUCCAUCGACAUGGAUGCUAGAAGUAACUUCAGGUUCUGCAGAAAUCGAACUCGGAGUAGAUUUUGCACAAAUUUAUAGGGAGUCAACUUUAUAUGAGCAGAACAAAGAGUUAGUUGAACAAUUAAGUUCACCAGCUCCUGGUUCCAAAGAUUUGUUUUUUCCUUCUCAUUUUCCACAAAAUGGUUGGGAACAGUUUAAAGCAUGCUUAUGGAAACAACAUUUGUCAUAUUGGAGAAACCCUUCAUACAACUUGAUGCGCAUAAUGUUUGUGAUUGCUGCAUCCUUUCUGUUUGGGAUAAUAUUCUGGAAGAAAGGAAAGAACAUAGACAACCAGCAGGAUCUGUUCAAUAUAUUUGGUUCAAUGUUCAUUGCUAUUCUCUUCUUUGGGAUAAAUAAUGGCUCGUCAGUUUUACCGGUUGUGGCAACAGAGCGCACCGUUCUGUACCGUGAAAAAUUUGCUGGAAUGUACUCUCCGUGGGCCUAUUCAUUUGCACAGGUAACAAUUGAGGUUCCCUAUUUGUUGACUCAAGCUGUUCUCUAUGUCAUCAUCACAUACCCUAUGAUUGGGUACCAUUGGUCUGCAUACAAAAUAUUUUGGUCAUUUUACAGCAUAUUCUGCAACCUGCUAUACUUCAAUUACCUAGGAAUGGUCAUUGUUUCAUUCACACCAAAUGUUCAAGUUGCUUCCAUUGCGUGUUCCUCUGCUUACACCAUGCUCAAUUUGUUUUCUGGCUACAUUGUGCCACGUCCGCAAAUUCCAAAGUGGUGGAUUUGGAUGUAUUAUUUAUGCCCCACGUCGUGGGCACUGAAUGGGUUGCUUACUUCACAAUAUGGAGAUAUAAACAAAGAGAUAUCAGUAACAGCCUUUACAGAUGCAAAAACCAGAACAAUUGCUGAAUUUUUAAGAGACUACUAUGGUUUUCACCAUGAUUUGUUAGGUGUAACUGCUCUAAUUCUCAUUGUAUUCCCCGUUAUAUUUGCCCUUCUAUUUGCAUACUGCAUUGGACACCUCAACUUCUUGAGAAGGUAAAAUCGUUUUGUAAAGAGUGCACCCGUAAAACAUGUAUGUCACAAUAUGUGAAUAAUUUGAUCAAUAAAAUUAACUUAUUGUGUUUC